UGGACAGCGAUUCCAUUUUUACUCCGGGUCAGACCUAUGAAGACGUUCAUUCGAGUCAAAUCGAACAUUGAGGCAAGUGAUUUUUAAAAUCAUUGGGACAUCAUAACAUAGGUCAUUUUACUGACGUGGCAGUUUUCAAAUAAUUCAGCAAACACAAUGUCACUAGAGGAGUCAUUCAAAAAAGCAGCUGAAGACGUGAAGAAUCUAGCCAGCACACCAGCUGAUGCUGAUCUUCUGGAACUCUAUGCUCUCUUCAAGCAGGGAUCAAUCGGCGAUUGUAACACGACUCGACCCGGAAUGCUGGACUUCAAAGGCAAAGCAAAAUGGGACUCUUGGAAUGGAAAAAAAGGAAUGAGUAAGAACGAAGCGAUGACUCAAUACAUCGCCAAAGUAGCAAGUCUCAUUCAAUCUAUUGGCAAAAAUUAAAAAGAUAAAGUUUUAGCGAUAGCCGCUCAGUGUGAAUGGAAUAUACAUGUAAUCGCGCAAAUAUAUCAACAAUGGCCUUCACAGAAGUGUAUCGCACUGGGAAUUGAU